AAGAAUUCAUGCAAACCACACCUCAUUAUCGCACGCCCCAGUAGUCCCGUACAUCAUAUUGCGUCUCCGGAGAAAACGAGAUCUUUAGAAGCUGGACCUCAAGUGGUGAACUGUACCAGUCCUGUGGUCUGAUUAUGGGCUGGUCCGCAGGACCCUCUGUGGCUUUGUGGCUGGGCGUGGCAGUUGGCUUUCUCUUCCUCUGCACUCUUGGAGUAAAAGGCCAGACUCAUCAAUGGAAGAAUAGAUAUUCAUCAUGCAGUGCACAGUGUGGCGGAGGUGUCCAGUUUCUGGAGAAGAAAUGCUUCACAACAGAUCAGAUUCCCAAACCGGCGCUUCCUUCCUUCUGUAGUGGCAUCCCCAUCCGUGAGAAAGACGUCAUCUCCUGCAACACCUUUCCCUGUGGCACAUGCAAACGGACCUACAACAGCCAGAGCGGCACGAUCACUUCGCCCCACUACCCGGACAAGUAUUCCAUCCCUCGGUACUGCCAGUUGUUUAUCUCCCUGCCGGCUGGCAACCGGGUCCUGCUGGGCUUCUCCGAGUUUGUCUUGGAGGGACUGAACCUUGCUGCCUUUGCUGAGUUGACAGAGAGUAGCGUGUGUCUGUGUGGUACACUUGUUCAGAUUACUGACAAGGAGAAAGAUGGCAGAUCUAGCACAUACUGUGGCACCAAACAGCCCUUCAGUUGGCUGUCGGACUCCAACUCAGUGCUCUUGGAAUUUGUCACCGAGUCUUCCCACCUCUUCAACCGGUUCAAGGCUCAUUACAAAGGGAUCCCUGCAAAGCCAUCUUGCUAUGAUCGCAGAGACCUUGCAGCAGUUGGCAAGGGCUAUGUCCGAUCGCCGGGCCACCCUAACAAGUAUGGCAGCGGCCUGGACUGCGAGUACAUACUGCAUGCCGAUCCCAGCAAUGGCAUCGUCUUGACCCUUCUGGAGUUUCAGUUGGAGCCCAGCCCAGACUGCGAUUUGGACUACUUGUCGAUUGAGGAUAUGUACAGUCGUCGCAAGCAGGUGUUUUGUGGCUCACUUGGUGAUGCCUCGUGGACCUCCGAUUCCAAUGAGGUCCGUCUCACCUUUCAUUCCAGUGCAAAUGAUGCCUACAAGGGAUUUGUCAUACUCUACGAGACAGAGAAUCGAGCUCCGAGAGGAAGCCAGUUCUUCAUGGAUCCCGAGGGAACAAUCACCUCGCCCGGUUACCCGCUGAUGUACCCGCCCAACACUCAGGCCCACUACCUCAUCUACGCCCAGCCCGACCGGAUCGUGGUGGUCAAGUUUGACGAGUUCCAGCUGGAGCGAGAAGACCAGCAGGGUCAGCCCAUUCCCGUACCUCGCCAGCGCCGGUCCACGUUAGACGUACUGCAGUUUGAGGAUGGGCUGCCGUGUGUCAACGCCGAUCAUGUUGAAAUUCUUGACAAGCUGGAAGGCACCUCCAGCUACUACUGUGGCAAGCUCCCACCUUUCACGUGGUUCUCACAGACCAACGAAGUCAUCCUCCGAUUUGUCAGCGAUGCAGAUGAGAACUACAAGGGGUUCCACGCCACCUACCGAACCAUCGAAAAGCGGCCAGCCUCAGAAUGGGAAUUGGUAUUCCGCGCUGCCUCGGACAAAGAGACCGGUGUAGUUCGCAAGUGGCUGGACACCAGUCGAGGCUACUCAGAAUGGGACAUAAAGGCAAAAUCCAUCUUCAAGAAAGACUCCCCACGAACCUUCAAGAGCAGAAAGGUGAAUGACUGGGAGAACCUUGCUGUUAGGAAGGUCAAAAUAGAGCUGUACAAGGCCGGUUCGGCUGUCUCCUCCUUCCACUUUGUAAACCACGACAAGGUGGACGACAUCAUCAGCUGGUUCGCUUGCGAUCAUCUCAUCUACGCAUCCUAUGACGACCUCUUGCACAUUGACUGCAGCAACUUAAAGUUCAGUACCACCGACAACUUUGCAAUCACUGAUAACUUGGGCUCCUCCGGCUUCACCUGCAACAACGACACGGCCAGACUGUGGUUGGAUGUCCAAGACAGGAUCCCUAGCCCCCUCAGUCCAGCCGUCUGUCCGUACGAGCGUUCCGCUCGGGACGUGGCCCAGUUCUUCUACAGCAUUGCGUCCGAGGCCGGCCUGACAGCCACAGGAACCAACAUUGCUACUGCUGAUGUCAUGACAAUAUGGAUUCAAAGGGACUGCGACCAGACUUUCACUGACAUCCCUUCUGGCACCGUGGAGAAGUUUGAGUCCGAGGGUUUCAGUUUAGGUCGGGAUUACCCCAAUAACGAAUACUGCAAUUAUUACUUUCUGAACGGCCCUUACGACCGCUUUCUGCUUCACUUCACCGAAUUCUCCUUGGAGCAUGAAGACAAUGUGUGUACAAAGGACUACGUGGAGAUUGAAGACCUGACCACAGGGCACACAGAACGCUUUUGUGGUAAUCAGCGGCACCCGCUGUUCACUUCAGCCGGCAACACGGCCGUUGUGAGGUUCCGGACAAACAGCCACUCCACGUUCCCUGGCUGGGCUGCCGAAGCAAGCAUCGAAGGAAGAAACAACGAAGACUGUUCGUCGAUCGUGACGGCCUCCUCGGGGAACCUGACCAAUGCAGACUACCCAUCUCCCCUGACCCACUUCCGACUGCAGGGCUGUGAGACAUUGCUGCACGGCCAUGUGGCAGACCGCGUGACAGCAUCCUUCAACAGUGUCAUCGUUGACCUGGAGGACUGCCCGGAAUUGACGAUUAUCGAUCAUGUGUCGGCAACACCUAUUAUUGAAGUGUCUGGGAAGGUGCUCCCAUUCUCCUGGACAUCCAUUUCCAACGAGCUCAUACUGUGGUACUGCGCAAGCCUGCCGUAUCGUUCGUAUCUCUUCUACGAGGGCAACUUCAAAGCUACCAUGAGCCCAUCCCCGGCAACAUGCGUGCAGUACUUGGAUGCGGAAUUCCCUGGCACCUUCGAUUGGCCGUCGACAUCCCUGGUGACAGGCCAGCGGAACUGCUACAUUGUCAUACGCACCCAACCAGUGCUCAACCAGCGGAUCAUCCUAACCAUCAGGAAUCUCGUCCUGAAGGACAAAGACUGCCACAGCUACAUGAAGGUCACAGAUACCACCACAGAGCGCAGCGACACCACCUGCCAGACAGCACAGCAACCAUUCACAUGGACGUCCGACGCCAACGAGGUGAUUGUGCAAUUCAUCAGUGGGAACUCAUUCAGUAUUCACACAGUGGAUGGCCACUAUGCCAGUGCUCCCCGCCCAAAACUCGAUGAGAGUCAGACGUUCACCGGCAUGGCGGGAUUGUUCACCAGCCCCAACUAUCCAGAGGAUUACCCCUCCAACCUGAGGAUGGACUACCUCCUGCACGGCAAGGCCCACGAGAUCGUCUUCGUCAACUUUGUGGAGCUCAACCUGGAGAUGCCCAGCACCACCCCACUGGCGAGCCCCCGCUCCAAGCGGCAUGUACUCUACAAACGCCAAGCCGUCACCAUCACCCAGACGGCCUGUGAAUAUGACUUCAUUGAGAUCAAAGAUAACCUAGACACGACACGGAAUGUUAGAUAUUGCGGCAACCAGCUGCCUUUCAGCUGGGUGUCCUCCGGCAAUGAGGCUAUGGUGACAUUCAUCACAGAUGGCAGCGUGGUCAAGAAAGGCUUCAAGGCAGAGUACAUAUUCCAGCAGCGCCCCGAUCCAACAGGCUGUGGGGGCAUCUUUGAGGCUUCCUCCGGUGCCUUUGACUCGCCCGGCUACCCGGGCAUCUAUCCCCGCAACUCCGACUGCACCUACAUCAUUCUGGCACUGGCCAACCAGCGCGUCAAGUUGACCUUCACCAGUUUCAACACAGAAUCUGACGACGAGUGUGAGAAAGACAAUGUGGAGGUCACUGACAAGCUAACCCAGAAGGCAGACCGUUAUUGUGGCAACCUGGCCACUCCCUUCAGCUGGACGUCAGACUCCAACCUGGUCUUUGUGGUCUUCCAUAGCGACAGUCAGCGGCAGUACGGGGGCUUCACCGUGGAAUACGAGACAGAAGACAGGCCAGAAAAGACAGUCUGUCAGUACAACUUCAAUGACCAGUCUGGUGAGAUCCAGAGCCCAACAUCCUCCAGCCACUACCCCAACCUCAGGGAAUGUAACUACGUCAUAACCGUGGAACCUGGCUAUGGCAUCCACCUGGUGUUUGUCGAGUUUGUUUUGGAGGGUCCGGCACCUAGCGGAAAAUGUGAAUAUGACUACGUCCAGAUCGAGGAUGCUGUCUCAGGUACGUCAGACAAGCUCUGUGGCACCAAGAGUCCCUUUGAGCGACUGAUCAGCACCAACCAAGUCAAGGUGGUCUUCAAGAGCGACUUGAUUGUGUUUUACAAGGGCUUUAGGGCCACCUAUGAACAGGUCGACCUGAGCACUCGGUCAGAUUGCGAUAAGGACCUCACCGCUCCAUCUGGUGUCUUCACAACUCCUGAUCACCCUGCCAACUACCCGCUGAGCAAGGAGUGUCGGUUCCACAUAGUCGUGGCUAGCGACCAGCGUGUCAAGAUCACAUUUUCCGACUUCAGCCUGGAGGGCUAUCAGAAUUGUCCCUACGACUUUGUUGAGGUAUCGGACGUUGGCAAGAACAACAAGGAGAAAUUCUGUGGCAGGAAGCCCAGCGCAUUCAGCUGGACGUCAGAGACAAAUGACGUCCUCGUGUUUUUCCACAGUGAUGACAGGACGCCCUCAACAGGUUUUAGUGCCUCUUACGAGUCUCAGCCCCUACCGAUACAGGCUGCCGUGAACACGGGUUGUUACAGUGACUACAACAUCAUACUGAGGGCCGGCACCGGCAAGCUGACCUCGCCCAACUAUCCCCGCGAUUAUCCGCUGAACGUGGACUGCAGGAUGCGCAUCGAACUUGACAAUGAGAAGCUGUGCCAGAUCACAUUCACUGACUUUGAGCUGGAGGAUGAGACGAAUUGUGGCUACGACUACCUGCAGCUGACUAGCAUUCCUGACGGUGACACCGUGGCCUAUUGUGGCCAGCAGACCACACCCUUCACCUGGCAGUCAAAAUCGAGCACCUGCGAGGUCCUCUUCCAUAGUGAUGAGUAUGUCCCUGCCAAGGGCUACCAGGCGAUGUACGCCUCCGUGGACUCCUCAGUGCAGGGCAGUGCUGCACCAGCCCAGCUUGCCGUAGCAUCGGCCUGCGACCAGCAACUCGGAGGUUCAUCGGGGACCUUCACCUCACCCAACUACCCAGGCAACUAUCCUGUGAACACAGACUGCACCACCACCAUUGAAGUAGCCGACGGCUACCGGGUGAAAAUUGAGUUCCAGGCAUUUGAUGUGGAAUGGCAAGACAGGUGUGAAUGGGACUGGGUUCAGAUUACUGACUUGGGCACACAGGAGGCGACCAACUACUGCGGAGUGUACUCCAGUGGUCUGGACCACACAUCGACCACCAACAUGGUUAGUGUAUUGCUACACAGCGACAGCUGGGUUCCUAGGCCAGGGUACUCCGCCAAGUUUACCGCCUUAUUACAAUAAUUCGUAAAGCUUAGCAAAGGGCAUACAUAUAUAUAAUUUAAUUUAUUGGUUGAUUUAUGUAUAUUUAAAUGCUAAAUAUUACAAAAUCUGCAAUGUUAAUCAUUAAUUUCAAAUGUAUUCAAAAUAGUUUGUGACAUUGUGAAAGAAAACUCUCAUAUUGGAGGCUUGUGAAUAAUGUUGACAACAGUUCAUUGUGCACAAUUUAGAGGUGACAUAAACUGAACUGAAAACAAAUUACAAGGCCUGUGCCUACUCUGUCAAAAUCUUGCUGGCAAUAUUCUGAAUGAGAAGAGCCAAUGUGCAGAAAUGUUCAAACCUGUCACCAAGUAGGGCAAUAACAAGGGUGGUUUUUCAUACAUAGGAUCUGUACGUGUUCUCAAUUCAUGCUCAGUGAAGAGAUCAAUAUACACAUAUGCAUUAGUGUUUCUAUGAAUUGAUAUCAAUGCUCUGAAUCAUAAUUAAAUGUUUAUUUUAUGUAAACCACUAGCGAACUACUUGCUUGCGCCACAUUGAAACAAUACAUGCACACAAUGCACUACAUUUACGAUGAUCCAAGUUUACUAUGCCCCUAAAAUAGAGCUAUUCCCAAAAUGGAAAAAUAUGUAUCAUUCUGUGAAAUGAUUCAGCUAAAUCAGGAGAAAUGUACAUCAAUUCAUUUUAAGAUUUAAUGUAUUUUGUUCAUAGUUUUGAUAAAAGUCUUCUGGACAUGACAUGUAUAAGGAUUUUUUCCAGUACCUGUGAUUCUUCAUGCAUCUUGUGGGUUAUGACUACAAAAAUAGAGCAAAACCAUAAUGCUUUACACUUAAGCCUCAUUCAACGUUCCACUUAGAAUUCUUGUGCUUACACUUUAAUCCACCGUUAAAAAAAUUAUUUUCUUAUUCAUUUAAACAAUGCUACAUAUAAAGAAAUAAAAAAAUCUAUUAAAAAGUACAAUGUUUGGGUUGUUAAUUUCUCUUAGUACUUCAAAAUGUUUAGUAGAGCUGUCUAAUAAUUUCACAAUUUUAAUCAAUUUUAAAUUUAUU